GAACUGUACCAAAUGGGAAAGGGGAAACCGCAUGGAAGUAAGCAGUGAUUAUCCCUGUUCGUAACCCAGACAAAACCUCCAGCAACCCGUCAAAUUACAGUUUAGUAGCGUUAACCUCACAUUUCUGUAGGACCAUCGAGGACAUCGGAGGCAUUCUCACAUCCUAGAUGAAAGGUACGGACGUGGUCAGUCAAACACCGGUGGAUCAACAGCUCUGGCAUGAAUCCUAUGUCCAGUGUCUCCCGGGAGAUGCCCAGUGACCUCUUUAGGGAGCUGUGGGCACGGCUGAAGGAGUGUCAUGACAUGGAGUUGCAAGGACUGCAAGUAAAAAUAAAUAAGCUGAAGAAGGAGCGUUGUUUAGAUGCCCAGAAGCUGGAGGAGUUCUACAUUAAGAACCAGCAGCUACGUGAACACCAAAAAACCUUAGAAGAAAAUGUGAAAGUUCUGGAGGACAGGCUGCGGGUUGGGUUGUGUGACCGCUGCGCAGUGACAGAUGACCAUAUGAGGAAGAAGCAGGUGGAGUUUGACAGUGUGCGGCAGCAGAACCUGCGUCUCAUAAGUGAACUCAUGAAAGAGAGGAACAGCCUCCAGGAUGAGAACAGGACGCUGAGCCAGGAAGUGGAGCAGCUGAGGAUCAUUCAACUACCACAAGCUCCAUACCCACAUGCAGAAGAUGGUGUGAUCCCAGAUUCACCGGUCCAACAGCUUUCCCUGACUACUGUCAAUAAGAUGAAGCGUAAAAAGGACAACAUGCUCUUGCGUUACACUGAGAAGCCUGCACCUCUGUCAGGACAAACCCUACCCAGUGCCGAAUCUAGGAUGGGUAUUUCUUCAAGCAAGUCACUUUGCCAUGGCAAUGAUGUAUUUGUGGCGGAAACAUGUGAGAUGAAUGUCUUCCAGAUUACAGAAGGCUCUACAAAGAGGUGCAGGAGUUCUGGUGUCACUGUAAUUGCUGAGACUUGCCAAAUUGAGGAGGAGGAGUCCCAGAGUGUACUUGAAUCCUUCAGCGCCUUGGGGACUUCUCAGGCUAGUGCUGACAGUCAAGAGGGAGUCUCACUAACAGGAAAUUAUUGCCCCAGGCGAUCCAUGUCACCAGAUUUAUCAAAGGACAAGGAAUGGCUCCUGCAGCAGAGGGUCUCUCCUGUGUUUGGGAGAUCUGCAAAGCCUUUCAAAAACCAAGAGAACAGGUUGCCCUCCAUCUCACAGAACAUAAAACUUGGUCCUCUGGAGCAGCAGUGUCUUACUAGAGAUGGCAUCCCCCAAAUUGCACCACCUAAAGCAUGCAGUUUCAAUGGACACGCUUUUCCGAAUGGGAAGACCGCAGUAGCUCCUACUCCCCGGGAUGAAUUGGCAUUGAGGCAGCCAGGACAGGAACGCAGAAAGGGUAGCAAAGGCAAUGAUGGGGAGAGCAGCGAUGUGACAGAUAACUCCUUGGACCUGUCUGAGCUUGUGCUGUGUGGGCACCAGAAUGACAGGCAGGGCAGCGCUCUGUGCAAAGAUGGACCAAGUCUGGGUACACAAGCAGAGCUGCCUAAAACCCUGCAAAGGUCCCCACUGGCCCUGCUCAUGGACUACAAUGGUGGCUGCUCCUCAGGCCCUGAUGGUCAGGAUGACCCAUGCGUGAGAGAGGCCAUGUGCAGGCCUCUCUCUCUCAGCGGCCAGGGGCCACGCAAACACACCGCUGUCUUCAAACAGCCAUCAACCCCGCUCCAGGGCAGGACCCACAUACAGCAGCCAUUUGAUUUCCAGCAGACCCCCGAUGUCCAGGAGCCAGUUGGAAAGAAGAGCCGGGUUGAGAGUAAGGAGCAGAACCCUGUACUGCUGCUUAAUCCCUGCACUCGGGUGGAGAGGCGCACCUUACCGGAUGAGAAUGGCAAGCCUGCUGUCACAGAUGACAAGCUAUGGGCCAUGGAACGGGUUGCCUGUAGCUCUAAGAAUGUGGCAGGCAGUCCAACUUUCCCUGAGCUGGACAUACAUAGAGCAGAGGGGGAGACGAUGGAUACAGACUGCACCUUUAUUAGCCAAAGCAUGCUCCUCAAAGCCCUGAGAGAGAACACGGGUCUUGGUCAAAAAGCCAAUGACAGCCUGGCAGAGAUCUUUGAUAAAACUGCCUAUGGAGAGUAUGAGUCAUGCCCACAGGAUGAGGGUUCUGACCUGGAGCAGGAUAACCCCUACAAAGAAGAGGACGGUGAACUUCUGGACCUGUCUGAAGAGGAAGGACAGUCCCUUCCAACUCAGGCUGUAGUAAAGCCUCAAGCAAAUCACAAUAAAAGGACAAAUGCAUCCUUUGCUCACAUGGAGGUUGUGCGCAAUAAAGAGGAGAGGAAAAAAUUAAAGGGCCAUACCUGCAAGGAGUGUGAAAUUUACUAUGCAGAUCUCCCAGAGUCUGAGCGGCAAAAGAAGCUGUCGGCCUGCUCCCGGCACCGAUUCCGUUACAUCCCCCCCUCUACCCCAGAGAACUUCUGGGAGGUGGGCUUCCCCUCUACUCAGAUCUGCGUGCAGCGAGGCUACAUUAAAGAGGAUAAUGAACCGGACCUGCGUAUGCGGAGGAGGAGACCGUACAAUGCCAUAUUUUCUCCUAAAGGGAAGCAGCAGAAGCCGUAACCACCAGUUUCAUCAGACAUGCUGCUGCUUGCAGUCAUGUCCCUUCCGGACUUUCCAAAUCCCUUAUUAGUAAAAUGUCUCAAAACAUCAGUCUAGAUGUUCCAUACAUUUUGGUGUGUACACAAAUUCAACAAACUGUCUCAGCAUUGUUGAAGUAACUUGGUUCAUCUUAAAUUUCUGUGCAAUUUCUGUGUGGUACUGUAUGUGACUUUAAACUGUUGGGCUAUUACUAAAAAUUAUUACUUGAUAUCAUGCGCUUUGUCUGUUUGAUGACAUAUUAUGCUGGAAGCAUGCUAUUAUGCUUGUACACUGAAGUCUCUGAUUUUUACUUUGAGGCUUUGUACAUCUGUAACCACUGAGUAACUGAAAUGAUAAAGUUUAAUUGAGCACUUUUAAUUAAAAUGUCAAUUUUUUUUGCAACCUUUGGUUACUGUAAAAGUAGUAUUAACUUUUAAAACUAUUUUUUAUACACAAUCAUUCAUUUUUUCCCUAAUGAACAAUAUAGCUAAAUCUUGAAUAAAUUCUUUCCGAGAUAUUUUCUUUUUGAAAUUACAUCAUCCUCUGUUCAUAUUAACAUUUAUGCUGUAAUAGAUCUUUGUUAAAAUGAAUUGCAGCUUUUUGUGGGUUCAAGGCUGUAAAGAAGUGACUCGGGCAAACCAGAGGUUCCGCCUCUUAAAAUAAACCAGAAGCAAAAUAGAUUUCCUUUAAUCAUUUAAAAUAAUUAUUCCAGAAAACCAGGUGCUGGCUGCUAUAGCGUCAGCUCACCUCGAACACUAAAAUAACACGCCACCCUGGCAUGAGUACGAGGGCAGUGAUUGGAGGAAGGCGUGCUGGCAGUGAAGGGGUAUGUUAACCAGGCUUAACCUUAUAUUUAAAGUGUUGAUUCUUAAGAUUCACGAUAAUUAAAGAUUCAUUUCCGGCCA